AUGAAUCGUCAUACCCGAGUGGUGUUAAUUGGAAAAACUGGUGUUGGAAAGAGUGCAGUUGGAAAUACUCUUCUCGAGAAAAACAAGUUUGUUUCAAGCGGGACUGCUGACAGUUGCACAAAAACAACUAAAAUAAUAACUCGAACUUUGAAGUGUGGUAGGAGAAUAUCUGUGGCUGAUACACCAGGGAUAUUAAACACAGACGGCAAAAAUGUUAGUAAUGAAAUACGAAAAGCUGUUGAUGCUUUGAAACCAGGUCCAAAUGCAUUUCUGAUAGUAUUAAAACCUGAGAGAGCAACUGACGAGGAAAAAGGGGCUAUUCGUACUUUGAAGCAAAUUUUUGAAAAAGAGUCUUAUUUUAAACAUACGAUUUUGAUUAUGACCAGAAAAGCCGAUAUCGAAGACGACAAAGACAAUCCUAUUCCGAUACAUCAAUACAUGAGGGAGAAUGUUUCAGAUGAUUUGAAAGAACUUUAUGAACAAUGUGGAAAAAGAAUAGUUGCAGUUGAAAAUUUGUCUAGGAAUAGCCGUAGAGAUAAAUAUGCCCAAGACAUUUUAGAUAAAAUAAAAUUAAUGGGAGGAUAUUAUUCACGUGAGUUUUACAAACUGCAAAAAGAAAACAGGAAAAGAGAGGCUGAAUUAAAGCAAAAAGAGGAGGAACUUGAAAGGCUAAGGCAUAAUCAAACAUCUGGAUUAUGUGUUAUCAUGUGA